CGACGGUGUCCCCCCGUUUCCUGUCCCCCCAGGCCAUCACAGCCGGGUUCUUUUACCACACGGCGCGUUUGGCGCGGGGCGGGUACCGCACGGUGAAACACCAACAGCCGGUGUUCAUCCACCCCAACAGCGCCCUGUUCUCGCUGCAGCCCCGCUGGGUGCUGUACCACGAGCUGGUGUGCACCUCCAAGGAGUUCAUGAGACAGGUGAUGGAGAUCGACAGUUCCUGGCUGCUGGAGGUGGCCCCUCACUAUUACCAGGCCAAGGAGCUCGAGGACGGCAGCGGCCGCAAGAUGCCAAAAAAAACCGGGAAAACGCGGGAGGAGCUGGGCUGAGCCCGGCCCGGGGACACCUGGGCACACCUGGGCACACCUGGGUGUACCUGGAGCACACCUAGAGCUGCCCUGGACACAUGUGGACACACCUGGGUGUACCUGGAGCACACCUGUUCACAGCUGGGUGUACCUGGAGCACACCUGGACACAGCUGGGUGUACCUGGGUGUACCUGGAGCUGCCCUGGACACAUCUGGGUGUACCUGGAGCACACCUGGUCAUACCUGGACACACCUGGGUGUACCUGGAGCACAGCUGGGUGUACCUGGAGCACAGCUGGGUG